AUGGCAGCAGGCAAAGGACACUUCUCAACGGGCAUCCUUCUGAAAGACUACAAGCGGAUCCAAGAAAGUCCCAACGAGUACUACAGCGUGGGGCUUGUAGACGAAAACAUAUACACAUGGGAGGUGCUAAUUUUUGGGCCAAGAAAGACACCAUAUGAAAAUGGGAUAUUCAAGGCGGUGAUGCUCUUUCCUGCAAACUAUCCAGACUCACCACCCACGUUUCGCUUCUGUUCAAGAAUGUGGCAUCCAAAUAUAGAUGAAAAUGGGAAUGUUUGCAUAUCGAUUCUCCACGAUGCAGGAGAGGACAAAUAUGGCUAUGAAUCUCUUGGCGACAGAUGGCUUCCAGUGAGGACACCAGAGAGCAUUAUAAUCAGUAUCAUAACGCUCCUAACGUCUCCAAACUGUGAAAGUCCAGCAAACGUAGAUGCAGCAAGGCAAUUUAGAGAAAAUGAGAAAGAGUACAAAAGAGAAGUCAUAAAGCUUACAGCAAUGACACUGGAAAUGAAUGAUGACUAG